AUGGAUGAAAGACCUCAGCUACCCCCGCAAGUGGUCGCCGCAUUAGCACAGGAUAAUCUCGGACCCAAGACUCUUGCACUUGUCUAUUCGUUCACCUUCCUAGCCCUCAUAAGUGUGGCCCUGCGCUUCUUUACGCGGAUCAAGCUCACUAAAAUCGUCGGUUGGGAGGACUACUUCAUUGGCAUAUCAAUGGUCUUUAGUAUCCUCGCGGGCGUCUCUCAAAUCGAGCAGGUGCAGGCAGGCGCUGGCAAGCACACAGUGCUCGUCCCUUUGCCUAAAAUCAUCGAAAGCUUGAAAUAUCUCUACUUUAGCAUCCUCGCCUACGCAGCAGGAUCCCUCUUCACCAAAGUGUCGAUCUGUCAGCAAUACAAGCGUAUUUUCGCCGUCGCGGACAGCAAGCUUCCCAUCUACAUUGUCAUGGCCCUUUGCGUUGGAGCGGCUACUUCAGCAUUCUUCACCUUUGCAUUCUCUUGCAUACCAGUUGAGGCGUUCUGGGAUCUGACGCUAAAGCCGACGUCAAGAUGCAUCAAUGAUAACGCUGUGUGCAUCAUCUCCGCCUUGCGCAUCCAAUCGCUCUUCGUCUUCUUCCGCCAUCCCAAAGAUCCCCUCUACUACGCCGCCCCACCUAUCUAUUGGGCCAGCAUCGAACAGAACCUCUCCAUCGUCUGCGCAUGCGUACCGGCUAUGAAGCCGCUCGUCGUACGACUCGUGCCCGCGUUUACAUCUUUUACCAAGAGCCUCACGCGCUCUGGGAAUGGAAACAGUUCAGUCUUCGGGAAGUACGGGAAGAGUAGUGUCAAGAAUGCGGGUGUCGAGGUGGAACUUGGCGACACGUUGAGGCUGCGGGACGAUUUCAUGCUGCCGCCUCCGGUGCACGGGAAGCACGAUAUCAGAGUCAAGCAUGAGAUCACGAUGAAGAGCGAUGCGAAGAGCGAAAAUGAAAGUGCUAGGAGGUGUAGUGAGGGAAGUGGUGGAAGCGAGGAAGUCAUUCUCAAUGGGAGGGUUCCGAAUGAAUUGGCGUGA